AUGGAUCAACGUAAGAAGAAGAGAAAGGUGCUUUUGAUGGGGAAGAGUGGCUCGGGGAAGUCGUCUAUGCGUUCCAUCAUAUUCAGCAAUUAUGUUGCGAAGGAUGUACGGCGGCUUGGGGCUACGAUUGAUGUGGAGCACAGCCAUGUCAAGUUCAUGGGAAAUUUGACGCUGAAUCUCUGGGAUUGUGGCGGGCAGGAUGCGUUUAUGGAGACCUAUCUCGCCUCUCAGCGAGGGAACAUCUUCUCUGACGUCGCGGUCUUGAUCUAUGUGUUCGACAUUGAGUCGCGGGAGGUCGAACGCGACCUCGACACAUACAACGCCAUCAUCGGUGCCCUGAAAGAAUACAGUCCCAAUGCACACGUUUUCUGCCUAGUACACAAGAUGGACCUCAUCCAGGCCGAGCACCGCCAGCGCAUCUACGAGGAACGCUCGGCGCUGAUCCGAAACCGCUCGGAACAGUUCGCAAUCGAUACCUUUGGCAGCAGCAUCUGGGACCAGUCGCUCUACAAGGCAUGGGCAGGGAUCGUUCACAAGCUCAUCCCUAACCUGACCGUCAUCGAACGGUUUCUCAACGCGUUCGCGAAGAGAGUCGAUGCGGAGGAGGUCAUCCUCUUUGAGCGCUCGACUUUCCUAACCGUGACCUCCGUCUCGUCCGAGAUCGGCGACAUGAAUCCCAUCUACGAUCGGCACGAGCGUCUCUCAAAUAUCAUGAAGGCUUUCAAGCACUGCGCUGCCCGUAAUACGCACACGACACCAGCCACAGCCGGCUUUCUGGUCAUGCACACCAAGACCCCGCAGUUCAACAUCUUCCUUGGUCGCUUCACCGACAACACAUAUAUCUUCAUGGUUGUCCCGCCAGGCGAAGCAGCGUACAACUGCGCCGUCCUGAAUACCAUGUUGGCCCGGGAAGGCUUCUCCAAGGCCGCGGCGGCAGGCUACGGGGACGGGUUCCCGCUUCCAGCAUCGGACUCUCCAGAGGCGAGAGUGACCAAUGGUGUCACUGCUUGA